AUGGUUCGAUUCAAACUCGUCUUUUUCACUCCAACGACGCAUACACGCGCUGUUCUAGCUACAAUUUUCGCCAAACACCCGGAGAAUGUGGGAUCCAUAGGCAACUACCGUGAGGCCGCGUUCAUUUCCCGAGGAACAGGUCAGUUCAGACCUGGGUCAGGCGCCAAUCCGACCAUUGGUACGCCAGGAAUUUUGGAGUAUGUGGAGGAGGACCGGGUUGAGGUGGUCGUGAAUGACAACGGAGAUAACGAAGGGAUCAAGGGCGCGGUGGCAACGCUGAAGGCCGCCCAUCCGUACGAGGAAGUCGCAUAUGAUGUAUAUCGUUUGGAG